AUGGCAUCACCAUCUACAGCAGCAACUCUUUCAUGGAGUUCUUCUUCUUGGCUUCACAGCUUUACUGGACCCACAAAUGAAAUCUCCAAAUUACGAGACAAAAGAAUGCCCAUGCUGGUUCUCGCUCAGAAGAAAGCCACCAAAACAAGAAAGGAUGUGGCAGAUUUGGGAAAGAAAGGACAAUUGGUUGAAGUCAAGGCUGGCUAUUACAGGAAUUUUCUGCUGCCCACAGGCAAGGCUCAGAUUGUCACUCCCGGUUUUCUCAAGGAAAUGCGGAUGGAAGAGGAAAGAAUUGAAGCUGAGAAAAAACGGGUGAAAGAAGAGGCACAGCAACUUGCACUCAUAUUUGAAACUGUUGGAGCAUUCAAGGUGAAGCGCAAAGGGGGAAGGGAAAACAGAUAUUUGGGACGUGAUGUAACUUCUCAAGAUCUUGUUGACAUAAUCAAGGCUCAGAUUCAGAGGAAAGGUAAACAUGUGAACAAGUCCAUGUUACGGGAUGUGGACAAGCGGAUUGUUUCUCUUCCAGAAAUCAGGGAAACAGGAGAAUAUAUUGCUGAACUUAAACUUCACCCAGAAGUUGUUGCUCAGCAGCAUUGGAAAAUGCAAGAUCAAAUGCAGAUAGAUUUGUUGGAAAGUGACAACUUAGUUGUUUGUCUGGAGGCUGCAGCCAGUAAUGCUUCGCAAGGCAGGAUUGAUGUUCGAGGUCAGCAAAGACAAGUGUUUGGUCACAACAUAAACUUUGUGAAGGGAGUGUUGAAUGUUUAUGAAUUGUGA